AUGUCCUUUUCUUCGCCCAUCCACGCCCCGCAGCACAUCCUGCAGCUCCUCUCCGAGCUACACGCCAAGUCCCUCGAACAGGAGGCCGCCAUGUCCAAGACGGGCAAGGUCUUCUCGUCCGACGUCAUGAACGACCUCGAGGACCGGCACCCGCGCGCGGACCCGGCGGACGAGUUCGACAGGCUCAUGCUGGACAAGUUCGUCGCGCUGGACGAGGACAAGUGCCGCUUCGCGUACCAGCUCAUCGGCGCCACGGGCGCCACCAACGUCGUCGAGGCCGGCACGAGCUUCGGCGUCAGCACCAUCUACCUCGCCCUCGCCGUCGGCAGGGCCAAGGCCGCCACGGGCAAGGCCGGGACGGUCGUCGCGACGGAGAAGGAGGCGCGUAAGGCGGAGGUCGCGCGUGGGUACUGGGCGCGGUGCGGCGCGGAGGUCGAGGAGCAGAUCGAUCUUAGGGUGGGGGAUCUGCUCGAGACCCUCAAGGAAGGGUUGCCGCUGGUUGAUUUACUGCUGCUCGACAUAUGGUCAGCCCUCGCUCUGCCGACGCUCAAAGUCAUUCUCCCCCGUCUGCGGAAGGGCGCAGUGGUCCUGACGGACAACACCAUAUCCGGUGCUGAAGGGUACAAAGACCUGCUGUCGUUCCUGAGAGACCCGCAGAACGGCUUCCAGAACAUGACUCUUCCGUUCACGAAUGGGUUCGAGAUGAGUGUUUACAUGCCGGAUUUGGAGUAG